AUGAGUACUGAUCCAAAAUUUGCACCAGACAGCUCAGACCCACCUCUGCUAGAUCAGUACACAGCAUUGUUACACCGCUCAGCUGGACAAGUUUACACAACUCGGGGCGACGGUAGGCAGCAUGGAGUGGUGGAGGAAUGUGGACUACUCCCGGUAAUAGAUCUUGGUGGUCUGUGGAGCAACGACGGAGGGAAGCGGCAGGCUUGUGCAGCGGAUAUCGUGAGGGCGUCGUCGGAGUGGGGCUUCUUCCAGGUGGUGAACCAUAACAUAAGUCCCCAGCUUCUGGGUGAGAUGAGGAGAGAGCAAGUCAAGGUGUUUGAGACACCUUUCCAGAGAAAAGCUAGUGGUCAUGGUGGAUUUCUCAACGAUUCAUACAGGUGGGGAAAUUCUACUGCGACUUGUCCCAACCAAUUAUCUUGGUCUGAGGCUUUCCAUAUUCCUCUCACCAAGAUAUCAGAUGAGGCUUUUUAUCAAGACCUUACCUAUCUAUCUCUAAGGGAAGUGAUGAGGAAAUUGGCUACAGCCAUGUCGGAAGUUGCCCGGUUGCUGGCAAGUGUUUUAGCAGAGAAUCUGGGUCAUCCAAGAGCUCUUUUCGACGAAUAUUGCAACGAGAACACAUGUUUUCUUCGAUUGAAUCACUACCCACGAUGCCCAAUCUCAUCAUCAGAUAUCCAUGGCUUAGUACCUCAUACAGACAGCGACUUUCUAACAAUACUUUAUCAAGAUCAAAUUGGUGGAUUACAACUAAUGAAGGAUUCCAGAUGGGUCUCUGUACAACCCAAUCAAGAUGCACUGGUCGUCAAUAUAGGUGAUCUUUUUCAGGCUUGGAGCAACAACAUAUACAAGAGCGUAGAGCACAAGGUUAUGAGUAAUAAAAAGGUGGAUAGGUACUCAAUAGCCUACUUUCUGUGCCCAUCCUAUGACUCUCUGAUUGGAAGUUUCAAGGAGCCCUCCGUUUACAGGAAAUUCACAUUUGAUGAAUACAGGAGACAAGUUCAGGAAGAUGUGAAGAAGACUGGCCACAAAGUUGGCCUUCCAAGAUUUCUCCUUUAG